AUGGUCCAGCUCACUCCUGUCCUCUACAAGGCCUACCAUGGAGGCCACUUAACCAUCCGCCUUGCCCUGGGUGGCUGUACCAAAUGGCCUUUUCACCACAUUGUGGCUUCCCCCAACAAGUGUCCCAUGGAUGGCCAUUUCAUGGAGCAGCUGGGCUCCUAUGAUCCACUGUCCAGUAGUUAUGGAAAGAAACUCAUUUCUCUCAACCUGGACCAGAUCUGGCAUUGUAUUGGUUGUGGAGCCCACCUCUCUAAGCCUGUGGAAAAGCUUCUGGGUCUUUCUGGCUAUUUCCCUCAGCAUCUGACGGUGGUCACAAAUGCUGAGAGGUUGUGACAGAAACAGGCAUGAGAAGUCCUCUUAGCUGCUCAGAAAACAGAUACAGAGGCUACAGAAACAAGAGAAUUGACUUCAGUGAACAUAACAGUGGGAACAAGGUCGAAGUCCUCUUAA